AUGGUCUACGGAGUCGAUAACAACACAGCCAACACCGAUAAGCUGUUCAAUCUGUUCUGCCUGUACGGAAAUGUUGUCAGGAUGAAGUUCCUGAAGACCAAAGAGGGUACCGCCAUGGACCAGAUGGGAGACGCCAUCGCAGUCGAACGCAGCAUCCAGCAGUUGAUUAACAUUCUAAUCGAUAAUGAUGGUAGCAAAACUCAGAUUGCAUUUUCCAAGCAGCACUACUUUUCAGAGUCCAUCAACCCCUACACCCUGCCGGACAAUUCGAUCAGCUUGAAGGACUACAGCGCCUUCAAGAACAAUCGCUUCCUUUCGUUGACCCAGGCCAGCAAAAAUCGCAUUCUCCACUUCUUCAAUACCACCAAGGGCUGCCACCCGUCGCAAGUGCGAAUGUUCGUCUAG